AUGGUCAUGUCCUGCCCUAUCCCUCAGGUGACGGACAGAGCUCGACUUCGGCUGAGUGGCUGGAAGGCUGGCUGGGCUGAUCCAAACUCAACGGCUCGUUCACUCUCCUAUUUUGCCUACUGCGUCACUCCAUCACUUCCUCCUUCCUUCGCCUCUCGUUGCUGGGCACGUUUGCUCGGCGUCUCUUCUUCUCCACAGCAGCGAUGCUGGGCACGUGAUCCUAAGCUGGUGUCAUUGACGGAGGCCUCUGCAACGUGGGCUCCGAGGCCAACUGGCAACUCAUUUCGACUGGCACGAGCCACUCCAGCCAGGCCGCUGCCUCAAGUCCGGAAUGAACGAGAAGCCCCUUGUCGAGUUGUUCUUACGCGUCUCUCCAUCGCGAGCAGAGGAGAAAGGUGCAUGUCCGAUUAG